GACUGUCCUUAUUUCGACAUAAACAAAUAUCUAAAAUGGCGAAACAAGGCGUACAGAACUCAAAGCAGUUGUAUAAAUACCUGUUAAGAGCUUGCAAGAAACUGCCAGAAGAGUCACAAGGUCACUACAAACACCACGUAAGACAGAGCUUCCACAGUCAUGCCGAUGAGUCUGAUCCAAUGAGAGUGCAGGAGAUUAUACGCAAAGCAAUACUAGAUGCUGAUUGGAUACUUAAUAAGUAUGGUGCCAAGACGGAUGGUGAGAGGUGACAUGUAACGGAUUGUUGGAAAGGAAACCAUAACAUGGUCAAGUUCGCGCAAGGAUAAAUGGCGAAUGAGUGGUUGUUUAGAGACGUGAGCAUGCGCACAGAGGUUGAAGUGCGAACUACUAUUGUCGAGUCAUCUCAGGUCGACCGGCAACUUAAUGCAUGUUAUCAUUUUGUUGUAACUGGUCCACUCAGCUAUGUGCUAUGGAACUGGCUAUUGGUAACCAGCAAUGCGACCAUGCCCGGUGGGUUAGUUCCAAAUAGUCGACUUGUGUAGACCAUCUAUCGUUAACUUGACAGAGUUCAAGCAAACUUUUAACAAACUAUGGUCAACAAUAGUCCACGCGCGAACUUGGCCAAUGCUGAAGCUGCUUUGGAACACUGUGCAUGGAAGUAUUGUUUGAAGCUUUGCAUGGUGUAGAGAAAUAAGAAGAAACUUUAAAUAAAUAGUAAACUUGCGAGUACAA